GCCGUUGCAAUUUCUCCUCCACAGCCAGGCACCGUACGAUCAACAGACCACCGAGAGAUCAACGAGAGCGUGCCAACAGUGUGGCAGGAAACUUUAAACCAGGCGGACCUGAAUUAGUGUUCUAGCUAGGAGUGCGAGAAGUGAUUCGACGGUUAUUAGUAAGAUCAUUCAGCCAAACAUGGCCAUCAAGAGAGUAGCAGUAUUACUCUUUGCUUAUUUAGCAAUCGCUGUGGCCGACGACACCAACAAGAUCGACGUGGACAGCCUGCGGCAGCAUCUCCCGGCAAAUUUGCAGAAUCUCUCGGUUCCCACCCUGGACGAAAUCGAGAAUGCCGUCAAGGACAAGUGCAUCAAAGCGGGCGGCUCGGACGAAUCCUACGAGCAGGCCAAACAGGGCGCCCAGGAUCUGUUCAACUGCGUGCAAGGUCUGGUCGACAUCGACCAGUUCAAGAAGGAGGUCGAGGAGGCUAAGCCGACCGGUGAUUUGGACACGGUUUUCAACAAGUACUGCCGCAAGCGUAACACUCUGCUGGAGUGUAUGAACACUUUUUCGAAUGCCAUCGAUCCGUGUCUGGAGGAAGACGAGAAGCGCCACAAGGGACACGGAAUGGAUGUGUUCAAGAACUUGCUGAACUUCGUGUGCCAUAAGGAUGGAGACCAGAUUGCUCUGUUCAUUGCCGAAAAGGGACCCGAAUGUUUCCUGGAGCAGAAGGACGAUUUGAUCAAGUGCGUGAACAGCACUUUCUCCGGAUAUCUGAAGGACGUCGAUACCUCUAGCCACGUUAUCCCGAAGCUGGUCAUCGGACCAAAGCAGUGCGAAGAUUUCAGCCGUCUGCAAGACUGUUUGGUGCAAGAAUUGGAGCAGUGCGAAGAGUCUACUCCAGCCAAUUUGGUGGAAUCGCUGUUCAGAUUCGUUCGAAAGGGUUCGCCAUGUGAUCCAAAGAAUAAACAAGGAUAGACUGAAAUUACUGACUCAGAUUGUCAACAAUCACACGCACAGCUACUAAGCAGGUUUGUUUCGAAAACUAAAUUUUUAAAAUUUGGUAAUCAUUGUACAAUAAAUGUCAACUUCCACAAUA